AUGCCUCCUGAAACUUCGCAAGAACGUGAGCCUCUUCUCGACGAAGGUUCUCACAAUGAGGGACCAUUUGCUUUUACCCCAGAGCAAUUUAGUAAAUUGAUAGACCCAAAAGAUCCAGACUUGCUUAAGCAAUAUGGUGGCACGAAAAAAAUUCUUGAAGGAUUAAGAGUCGACCCUGCUGUCGGUAUUAGCUCUGAUGAAGGUUUAGAAUCUGGCAGUCCAAAGAGCAAAGCUUUUCAAGAAAGACAGAAAGUUUAUGGUAAAAAUAUCUUACCAGAAUCCGCACAACGAUCCUUGUUUUCAUUGAUUUGGGAAGCAUAUCAAGACAAGACAUUAAUCUUGUUGAGUAUUGCUGCUAUUAUAUCUUUGGCUAUCGGUAUCAAUGAGGAUUAUUCUUCCCGCCAUCCUGAAGGUGAACCUCGUGUUGGAUGGGUUGAAGCGGUAGUGUUUACUAAUGCUAUUAAUGAUUACCAGAAGGAAAAACAAUUCAGAAAACUUAAUGCUAAGAAGGAAGAUCGUACCGUUAAGCUUAUUCGCUCUGGAAAAGAACAACAAAUCUCUGUUCAUGAAAUUAAUGUUGGCGAUAUUCUGCUUCUUGAACCUGGUGACAUUGUGCCUGUAGACGGUAUAUUUUUGAGUGGUCACAAUCUUACUUGCGAUGAAUCAAGCGCAACAGGUGAAUCUGAUAACAUUAAGAAAGGCACCGUAGAAGCUGGGUUGGAUCCAUUUAUUUUGAGUGGUGCCAAAGUUCUCGAAGGUGUCGGCAAAUGUGUUGUCAUUGCUGUUGGAAUCAAUUCGUUCUUUGGUAAAACUAUGAUGGCACUACGCGGUGAUGAAAGCAAAGAAACUCCUCUUCAAAUUAAAUUAGAUAUUCUAACUGAACAGAUCGCAAAAUUGGGUGUUUCUGCUGCUUUACUCAUGUUGAUUACUCUCAUUAUAAAAUAUUUUAUUGCUGCUGCUGUUUCCGACGAUGAAUUCCCUGAUAUUGAAACAAUUUUAACACACAUGAUUUCAAUAGUUAUUCAAGCUAUUACCAUUGUCGUUGUUGCUGUACCCGAAGGUUUACCGAUGGCUGUCACACUUUCUCUUGCUUACGCCACUACUCAAAUGUUGAAAGAUAAUAACUUGGUUAGAGUUUUAUCCGCUUGUGAAACCAUGGGUAAUGCUACCACUGUCUGCUCAGACAAAACUGGUACCUUGACUCAAAAUAAAAUGACUGUAGUUGAAGGAGUCAUCGGUAAAAAGAAAUUCGAAAACCAAAGUGAAAUUCCUGAAUGGAAAAAUCAAGUUGAUGUUUCAACUUAUGAUACUCUUAUUCAAGGAAUAGCUAUCAAUUCCUCUGCUUUUGAAGAUAAGGACGAAAAUGGAAAGAUAGUCUUUAUUGGCUCUAAGACUGAGUGUGCUCUUCUUGAAUUUUCCAAGUCAUUCGGUGUCGAUUACAGAGAAGUUAGAUCGAACUCCAAAUAUCUCAAGGUCUAUCCAUUUGCUUCUAAAAGAAAAACAAUGACCACCGUUAUCAAAUUAACGUCGGCUAGUUCUUCUCAUGGAAAAUCACCCGCUACUACAGAUCAUCGUAUCCAUGUAAAAGGUGCCUCUGAAAUCGUUUUGGGCGCUUGUACUCAUUUUGUUGACAAAGAUGGCAAAGUUCAAAAUUUCGAUUCUCAAUCUAGACAACAAUUUGAUAUCAAUAUCACCAUGUUUGCUGAUAAAGCUUUACGUACGAUUUGUUUGGCUUACCGUGAUAUAACUACGGAAGAAUUCGAAAAACUUGAUGAUGAAGAAGCUCCAGUCCACGAUUUAAUUUGCUUAGGCAUUGUUGGUAUCCAAGAUCCUUUACGACAAGGUGUAGAGCAAUCCGUCGAAAAUUUCAGAAAAGCCGGUGUUUUUGUAAGAAUGAUUACAGGUGAUAACCUACUUACCGCUAGGGCUAUCGCUCGUAAUGCUGGUAUUCUUACAAAAGGCGGUAUGUCUAUGACUGGACCGGAAUUUCGUGAUAAAUCUCAUGAAGAACAACUAAAUAUUGUACCAAGAUUACAAGUACUUGCUCGUUCCUCUCCAACAGAUAAAACCAUCGUUGUAAAUUGUUUAAGAGAAUUGGGAGAUGUUGUUGCAGUUACCGGUGAUGGUACAAACGAUGGGCCUGCAUUGAAAUUGGCUGAUGUUGGAUUUAGUAUGGGUAUAGCUGGUACUGAAGUAGCUAAAGAAGCUUCAUCGAUUAUUUUAAUGGACGACAAUUUCAAUUCCAUUGUCAAAGCGUUGAAAUGGGGUAGAGCUGUUAAUGAUAGUGUUCGAAAAUUUUUACAAUUCCAACUUACUGUUAAUAUUACAGCCGUCAUAUUAUCUUUUACUAGUGCAGUCAUAAGUGAUGAAAGUGAAUCUAUUUUAAGUGCUGUACAAUUACUUUGGGUCAAUCUUAUUAUGGAUACUUUAGCAGCUUUAGCAUUGGCAACUGAACCACCUACCGAUGAACUUCUUAACAGACGUCCUACAUCAAAGAAAGCUUCACUUAUUAAUUAUAGAAUGUGGAAAAUGAUUCUUGGACAAGCGAUUUUCCAAAUAGCUAUUAAUUUGUCUUUAUUACGUAUGGGACCUGAGAUAUUCCAUCUUUCAAAUUCUAACGAAGAUCAAAUAGUUUUACGUACAUUGGUUUUUAAUACUUUUGUAUUCUUACAAGUAUUUAAUGAAAUCAAUUGUCGUAGAAUUGAUGAUAACUUGAAUAUUUUCAAAAAUAUUUUCCAUAAUCAAAUUUUUAUUAUAGUUCAAAUAGUUGUAAUAUUUGGACAAAUUGCUAUCGUCGAAUUUGGUGGUGUAGCAUUUGGUACAGUUGGUUUAAGUUGGCAACAAUGGUUAACUACCGUAUUAAUUGGAUCCCUUUCGUUACCCAUUGGUGUUAUUAUCCGAUUAAUACCAAAUACUUGUGUGCCUGAAAGUAUCUUGGAUGAAGAUCAUAAACCAAUUGUUAGUCAAGGGAAGAUGCAAUGGGAGUCCGCCAUUCAAGAUGUAAAAGCUGAACUUAAAAUUUUCUCAGCUUUAAGAAAAUCUAGAAAGAGUAGUAGUCCGAAUAGUCCAAAUAGUCCAAAGCCAAAAGAAUUAUCAAAUAUUGUUCAGAACCUUGUGCAUAGACGUAAUCGAGAUUAA